AUGUCCGUAGUGGGACAGCGCAAAACCCCGGACUGCAGCUCUGGGCGUAUGCCUCCGUUGGUGGUGUCAAGGGUGCCACUCAACGCAGCCACCGCUCCACCGCUAGCGGUCCCCAAACAACCAGGGCGUAAGAGGAAGCAGAAACACCAUGAACAGAAUGCUACCAACCAUGAGCGGCCCGAGGGGCUACAGUCGACAACCCCUUCUUCCAUCCUCGGAGCUCCCAACUUCAACACAGUUCCCUGGAACCGACCUGCUGUCGAAGACCUCAACAGCAAAGGUAAAAGAGAGGGAACCCAUUUUGAGCGAAUGCCUACGCCAGUCAGCGUGGAUAUCCCAUCGGAAGAAGCGGUGGUGAAGGUCCUACCAACAACCGAACAUACCCAGACCCAUUGUAGCUCCCGCUUUGCAUUAUCGCCAAGCGCAACUGAUACUGAGACCUCGUACAAGAGUUCAGUUGAGGAGAACAUCGAUGUUCGGCCUCUCACGAUGGGUGACACAGACAAGGGUGAUAAUGGUGACGAAACGAAAGAAGAUAAUGACGGUGAUGACGGCAACGUUGAGUCGAGUGUCAGCAACCACGAGAGCGACGAUGAAGAAAAACUGCUCGAAAAGGAGGGCAUGACAAACCAUGUUGAACAUCAGCGAAGAAUGCAGGCACAACAGGACCGAAACACAGAUAAUAAUAUCAAAACAACGACGGAUGAGAGUGGCAACGGGUUAAGACGAUCUCGUCGACUACUCAAUCACCGGCAGCAACCGCCACCUCAACCAGAGACGAAACAUAAUUCCGCGCCCGUAACGUCCGUCCAAGUCCAUAACGUGGGCUCAAAAGGGCCGAGGCCCAAAAAGGCAACCGAUCAAGAGCCCCCCCAGCCUGAACUGGGCCCCGUUGGCAGAUCUCCAAUGACCAUGGCCGACUGGGAGAUUGCACCAGGUAUACUCCAUAGGGGCAGUGGGAGAGAUACCGAGAACAUUGCCUUCUCCUCCUCCUAUCUCGCCCAGGCCCACACCGUCGCCGUCGCAGACGGCACCACCUUCCAGGUCGUCCGCAUAUCGCCGGGGACAACACUGCGGUGGGCGGCCGACGAGAACAUGGUCCGCCUGUGUUCGGUAGCAAGAGGCGUCGUGCGUGUUUCGCUAUGUUUUCCCCAAGCCGUCGACUCCCCGCGGGCAUCGGAUAUCAAGGAGUUUUCCAUUGGGCCAGAUGGGAUGUGGAAAGUGACAUGGGGAGCCGGGUGUACAUUGGUAAAUCCGUUUUACGAAGGGGUUGUCCUCCACAUCACUACUCUCGUCGAAGAUAGGGUAUGA